GGAGGAGGGGACCAGAGAUUCGAAACCGACCGGCGACCGGGUCGCCUCUCCAUGGCGAGUGUAUAGACGCGUGGCUCCUGGCGUUCCACAUGGGCGUGUACCUGUGUGCCUGGGCGAUGGCGAUUAGCGCCUGAACUCUAGUGCGGUGCCCACCCAGAGUCCCUUUCCUGACAUCCUCGCCUCCGCUGUGGGCUGGAGUUUGGCUGAAUUCAGAGAAACUUAAAUCCUCAGCUUUCUGGCACAUAUCUCCGGGGUGACAGAAACUGCCUUGUCCCCCUCUCCUCUGUCAGUGGGACAUUUACCACCCAGGGCACCCCACUGAUUGCCUUUGCAUCUUUUUUAUUUCGGUUUGCGCACAGGCUUUGUUUUUUGGCCCAGUACUCAGCCUGGUGGCUCAAGUUCAGCCGGCUGUGUCACCCACAGUGUCGCUUGGGCCGAUCGUUUAACCCCUGCAAAACCUCUGCUCUCUUUCUGUAAAAGGGAAUAACAGUUCUUUCCAUUCAGCUAUUGGAAAUGGACUUGACUUCACAGUGCUGUUUUGUGCAAAUUUCCAUCGACAUCACUAAUAUUUUCGUUAACGUUUUAGUGUUUUGCUUUCGAUCGGUUUCUUGCCCUUUCCUCUUCCUUCUGGAAAGUUGGCUCACUUUUAGCGUUAAAGUGAGAUUUUUCUCUGUGUGUAAAACCAUAACGCCCGUGUGGGAAUUAAAAUCUUAUCUCUGGUUUGAAUAUUUUGUUGAGGUUAUGCUCAGGUAUGGGAUUAUACUGUGCUGCCAGCAAAUCAGAAAUACCCUUACUUGCUAGUAUACAAUCACAAACAGGAAAUGAGUAACUGUUUUCUCACUUCUGAGAGAGUGCGUCUCUAGUACCACCCAGACGCAAGGGGAAGCCGUUCAUUCAUUACAUACAGUGGAGCCUGAGGGCAGGAGGGCUUAAUUCUCUCAAGGAACCCUGAUUGAGAAAGAUAACAAAUCCAUUGAUGACUUGAACAAAUGGGCCCUAUUUCUUGUUUCUCCUUUUAUACUUGAGGCCGAACACAUAGCAUUUGUGACAGAGAGCAUUUGGGUGCAAGAUCGUGAAGUGGUCAGACUGUUGUUUGCCCUUGGCUUGCAGACCUGGGGAUCCAUAUCAGUUAAUCGCCGAAGCGAGUGUGGACGACUUCAGCAAGCUGGGGGUGGCGUUCAUGGAAGACAGGCUCCAGAUCGCUAAUGGACUGAUCCCCCAAAGGAUCGUUUCGGUACACUUGCAGGACUCCACUCUGAAGGAACUUAAGGAUCAGGCCUUAAACAAGCAAGCCCAAAUCCUACAGCCGAACCCUGAGUCUUCUGUUGAGAGUAAGCCUGAGCUGGACAUCAUGGAGCACGUUGGCCAAGAUGACCUGAAGGUUUUCGGUGCAGAACCCACACAGGGGAGAGGCGGUGCCUCUGGGAGCGAGGCUGCCGGGGAGAGUGACAGAGGAGUGGGCUCCAUUGAGCUCUGUCACCUCCAUCUGUCUAGUUGCCACGAGUGUUUAGAGCUUGAGAACAGCACCAUUGAAUCCGUCAAGUUUGCAUCUGCAGAGAACAUUCCAGAUCUUCCAUACGAUUACAGUGGCAGUUUGGAGAGUAUUGCUGAUGACGUCUGCCCUGAGAGACAAGGGAGGAGAGUCAACAUCACGGGAAAGGCGCCCAACAUCCUCCUCUAUGUGGGUUCCGACUCCCCAGAAGCCCAGGGCAGGUUCCAGCAGGUCCGGGACGUUCUGGCCGACUGUGUGGACACUGACAGUUACACCCUUUACCACCUGCCAGAGGACAGUGCUCUCAGAGACCCAUGGUCAGACAACUGUCUGUUGCUGGUCAUUGCCACCAGGGAGUCUAUUCCCGAGGACCUGUCCCGGAAAUUCAUGGCCUAUCUUUCUCAGGGAGGGAAGGUGUUGGGCCUGUCUUCAUCCUUCACAUUUGCUGGCUUCCAGGUGAUGAGCAAGGGCACACUGCAGGAGACAGUCCAGAACUUGGUUUUCUCCGGGGCUGACCAGAGCCAGGUGGAACUCAGCGUCCUGAGCAGUGGCUACGUUUACGAGAAGGGCCCUGGGGAGCAGCUCAGCCUGGGCAAGCUCCAGGGCCGCCUGGAGAAUGAGGACAAGGAUAGGCUGAUUGUGCAAGUGCCUUUUGGAACAUGUGGAGGAGAAGCUGUUCUUUGCCAGGUACGCUUAGAACUACCUCCCAGCUCUUCACUAGUGCAAACUCCAGAAGAUUUUAAUCUGCUCAAAUCGAGCAAUAUGAGAAGAUACGAAGUCCUUAAGGAGAUCCUGAGAACCCUUGGCCUCAGCUGUGACGUCAAACAAGUUCCUGCCUUAACGCCUCUCUGCUUACUGUCCACGGCUGAGGAAAUCCGGGAUCCUCUUAUGCAGUGGCUGAGGAAACAUGUGAAUCCUGAAGGAGUAAUACAAUCCAGCAAGCUCUCCCUUAAGUUUGUUUCAUCGUGCACAUCUGAAAUAGAGAUCACCCCAUCUGCCAUACCUGUGGUGACUGACACGGAGGGCUUCUCAUCAGAAAAUUUUAGCUUAGAGAUCUACCGACAAAAUUUACAGACAAAGCGACUUGGAAAAGUAAUUCUGUUUGCCGAAGUGACACCCACCACGAUGGACCUCCUGGAUGGGUUGAUGUUUGAGAUGCCGCAGGAAAUGGGGUUAAUAGCCAUCGCAGCCCGCCAAACGCAGGGCAAAGGGCGGGGAAGGAACGCCUGGCUGAGCCCCGUGGGAUGUGCUCUUUCUACCCUGCUCAUCUCCAUCCCGCUGAGAUCCCAGCUGGGACAGAGGAUUCCGUUUGUCCAGCAUCUGAUGUCCCUGGCUGUCGUGGAGGCGGUCAGGUCCAUUCCUGAGUAUCAGGAUAUCAACUUACGAGUGAAGUGGCCCAACGAUAUUUAUUACAGUGACCUUAUGAAGCUUGGUGGAGUUCUGGUUAACUCUACGCUUAUGGGAGAAACGUUUUAUAUACUUAUUGGCUGUGGAUUUAACGUGACUAAUAGUAACCCUACGAUAUGCAUCAACGAUCUCAUCGCAGAGUACAACAAGCAACACGGGGCAGACCUGAAGCCCUUAAGAGCUGAUUGUCUCAUCGCUAGAACUGUGACCGUGCUGGAGAAACUGAUUGAUACAUUUCAGGACAAAGGGCCCAAUGGCAUUCUUCCCCUUUAUUAUAAAUACUGGGUACACAGUGCUCAGCAAGUCCGGCUGGGAGGCACUGAGGGGCCAAUGGUGUCGAUAGUCGGCCUAGAUGAUUCUGGGUUCCUUCUGGUUCACCAGGAGGGCGGCGAGGUGGUGACUGUGCAUCCGGAUGGCAACUCCUUUGACAUGCUGAGAAACCUCAUCAUCCCCACACACCGGUAGCCCUGUCACCGGGAAGACAGCCUGGGGCCUGCCGUCCUCGCUCCCUGGGCCCAAUGCUUGGGCUGUGGGAUAGGGAUCAGCAGCUGAGAUGACUUGGGGCUGACGGAAGUGCAGAAGCAUUCCAGUUCAAUUCCUGCCGCCUUUCCUAGCCCAUGGAUUUGGAAAACCAAUUUAGAGUUGUAGGCAAAUUUUUUCUCUCUCCAAUUCAUCUGUUUAAUUCUUUAAUUUUGUUCUGUCUGCUGUCAUUUUAUUUGGUGUUUGAAGAUGUUCUGGAGUGGAGGGUUGACAAGUGGAAGAUUUAGUUCAGGUAAAGCCCCACCAUAGGUGUAAAAUUGUUCUUGCCUCUUGAGCUUAGAUAUGUUUAUUGGCCAAAAAAACAAAAAAAGUUUUCACAUGGAAACAGCAAGGGAAUAAUUCAAAUGUUUUCCCAGUAGUGGAGACCUUUAUCCCUAGACUAUUAAAAAAGAAAUCAAAAAAAGCUCUCCAGCCUAGGCUAGUGGUGAAUUAGAGGUUUGGUAACACUGUUUAUAAGCAUCCAGGGAGGUGUUUUCCUACAGGAACCUACAUCGGCACUUAGUCGUCAUUUUAUUUUUUUGUUAACAAAGAAAAGAGAAGGUAGACCUCUUAAGGGUUACUCUAGGCCUGGUUUGUGGUCCAAUAACAACAUCUGAAUGGCUAUAGAGAUGCGUCUAGCUGGUACGACUUACAAUGAUUUUGUCAAGGAAAUCAGUUAAUUACUUUGACAUUAAUUUAUGAGCUCUCCUUUCAUAAGUUUAAAUUUACUGCAUACUCUGAAGUGAUGGGAUCAAGUUCAAGAUCCUUAAAGCGUUGAUUAGGCAUUGCUUGGAUGUGGGGGUGGAUGAUCUGGCUCUAACAGCUGGAGAUGAAGCCUCGCUCUCACACCACACGCAAGGGAGGAUUUAGAGCUUUUAAGCCAGUUUAAGGCUCGCUUUGAAAUGUGGAGCAUUCCUGCCAGACUGUGCGGUACACAGAAUAUAGAAGUACAUGGCAUUUUAUUUGUAAGUCUUAAUUUUUUGCCCCUUUUCCCUAUAUUGCCAAGAAAGAAAAUGUUGAUACUGAAUGCGAUCAUUUAAGAGGGAGGGUGUGUGUGUGUGUGUGUGUGUGUGUGUGUGUGUGUGUGUGAGAGUGAGUGUGUGUAUGAAGUUUUAAAAGAUGUUCAAACUCUGAUGCCCUGUCUCCGAGGAAAAACAAAAGAAAGGAAGCCUUUUGAUACACACUUGCUAUUUCCAGAUGGACUCCACGCUUUUUCCAUGUAACUCCUAUCUCUAUUGAACUUGUGAAUCAUACACAUUACUUUUCAGCCUCAAAAGGCCCAUUUUUGUCCACUUUUCUCUCUUCCUGCCAGUCCCAACUGAAAUGAGUGGAAAGAAAACUUGAUGGAGCUCUCAGCUUUGAACAAAAUCCCCUCAUUGUACACCAGCACCAUCUUUAUCCAGUUCUUACCCAGUCAGGCUAAUUCUAGAAACUUGUGGUUUUCAGUAUAAAAUCUGUCUACCUUUAGCCAGGCACAGGCAGCCCCAUAGGAAGGAAAAAAAUAACGUGUUUAGUUAAGUACACCAACCCAAUAUGUGUUUUUUGGAAAUGUAACUUUAAAAGAACUUCAAAAGUAAUUUUUGCAAAUAAGCCUUCAAUUAGAAUUAUUUUUCUAAAAAAAAAAAAAAAAUCACCUUCCAAAAUGCCUAAAUCUUCCUGUGGAAUUAGUGACAAGUUUAAAUAAAAGUCCACACCACCCCAAAAUUACAAAAUGGACUCACCCUUGAGAGGGCAUCUGCAAAAUAUCAUCGAGAAGAAAAAUCUCCAGGCUAAUGUUGCAAGUUUCAUUUCUCAAACUUUGUAAUAUAAGGCAAGUCAUCUCUCAGAGCUGCCAUCAAGACUUUCUGAAUUUCUUUGGGGGCUUAUUUAAUGAAAAACAUGUUUUGUUUUAAGCUGAAGUCCUAUUCUAGACAGUUCUGCUUUGGGAAAAAAAUGUUAUCAUUUAAUUUCCUUUCUGUAAAUUAAAACUAAUGACGUGUGGCCAUGUCAAAGCAGAUGGAGAUGUUCCAGGCGGAUCGCUUUGCCUCUGUGCUUUUAAGACUGUUCUUACUUGUGCUGACAUCCAGUUGUCUUAAGGGAGACAGAAUGGACUAGAAGCAGAUGCUGCAUUUUUCACAAACCUGAUUUUGCCAAAGACUUGAAAUUCUGCUUCGGAUAGAACAGCUGAAUCAAGGCAUUUUACUUACAGCUGUUAGCAUUAGGGAAACCUAUCUCCUUGCUACACUACACUCCUGGAUUUGGAGCGUUUAUGCACCCAGCAAUCUGUGAUCUCAAGGAGCUUUCAAAUCUUAAUGGAAAACCUUGCAUUUUCUUCGUAGUCUUUAAAACACAGCAACUAAACUAAACUAAGCACAAGAUUGGCGUGUGCUUUCAGGAUGUUGAAUUAUCCCCCAGUUUAGAGGCUGUGCAUUGAGCAUCUAUCAGGUUAUGCAAAGGGCAAGACAUCCUCCCUUCUGGGCUGAUAGCAGAUUUCAGAGGAACUCUUGGAAAAAUGCCCCCUAAAACAGGACACGGCAACAGCUGGGCUUCCGGUGGCUCCCCACCAGAGCAGUGCUCCUUGGCACUGGGCAUCCUGGCUGCGUUCUCAGGGCGUGGGCAAAGUAGGAAGGAUUUGUGUUUGGUGUAAAGUGGUUGGUGGGGUUCGCUGGUCCAGCACUGUGACUGCCUGAUGUGGGAGCAAGUGGCCGGACGAGGGGUGGGUGCACAGGCCCAGGUGGGGGAAGCCUGCAGCCUCCAACCCCCCACCCCCCAGAUAUACACAUGGGGACACGGGAAGGCCUACGUGGUCACCCCCCCCACCCUAGAGUCUGGGAAUGAGAGAGAAGCCAGCCUCGCCCAACACUUUGAGAAUGCAAAAGGGAGGCAUUUUAGGCUUAUUCUGUAGAUUUGUUUGCUUUUAACAGGGAGAAAACUGAGAAACCUUAUUCCUGGGUAAUUACUAUGCAUAUUUGAAAUAAAAGAAAGUGUAAACCUUUGCAUUUUUAGCUUUUCAAAGAUUCGUCUCUGAAAAGCAAUUGCUUUAAGCCAAUGCCUCUAAAAAGCAGGUCUACCAAAAUAAACUUUAAGACUUUCUAUAUA